AUGUCCAAGGGACUGAUGGGGAUGAAGUUUAUGCAGCGCGCGGCCGCGAAAUCUUCGCCCUCGACGCCCAAUGGCCCGCCUAGCAAGAAAUCACGCCUUUCGAAUGGCGCAGCUGCUGUAGGAACCUCGGAUCACGACAUUAUACAAUCAGGCCUGGAUGCGGAAGAAGCGAAGCGCCAGGCGGCCCUAGACAAGGCUGCGCAACAUGCGGGUGAGACAAAAUGGGUGUUGAGUUUCAAGGACCCUCUUGAAGGAAAGAGACAAGAUGCAAUGAAGGUCAGGCAAGCGGGAUUCGCUGAGCUCGACGCAGAGGACGAGGACGAGGACGAUGAGGAAGAUGUCAAGCCUAUAAGAAUGCAGUUCGGCGGUGGUGUCAAGAAGAAGGCAGAUACAUCGGUGCCUUUUGUCAAGGCUGAGAACUCGGAAUCAGAAUCCGAACACUCUUCAGACGAUUACGAUUCGGACGAUCCUGCCGCAGAUCUGAUCCGACAGACCAAGCGCGAAAUGGCCACGGAAAAGCGCGAAUCCAAGAAGAAGCGGGGCGACGAUUUAGCCAAGGCAACACCGAAGCGACAGAAGGACAAUAGCGACCUACAGGGCUUGACAUCGAUAUCAGGCAGUCGACGGUCCGGAGGUGGAGGCAUGGCCAACAUGGAAUGCUAUAAAUGUGGGCAAAAGGGACAUAUUUCAGCCAACUGCUCGUCUACACCACGAGGAUCUGCAGGCAGAGGCAAAGGCAAGGGCCGGAGGUAG